CCCGCGCGGCGCGGAGGUGACGCAGCCGUUGCCGCAGAGACGAACCGCCCCGGCCCCCCCGCCGGCCCGGCCCCCCCGUCCCGGUGCGGCGCGGCUCGGCUCGGCUCGGCUCGGCUCGGCUCGGCUCGGCUCGGCUCGGCUCGGUCCAUCCAGCGCUGCGGCCCCGGGACGCGCCUCCUCUCACCUUCAGCGGCGCUGGCCCGGGCGGGAGGAGCGCGGCGGCACCGCUAUGGUGCUCAUCAAGGAAUACCGUGUUAUCCUGCCCGUGUCUGUGGAGGAGUAUCAGGUGGGGCAGCUCUAUUCCGUGGCAGAAGCCAGUAAAAAUGAAACAGGUGGAGGAGAAGGAGUGGAGGUCCUGGUGAACGAACCCUACGAGAGAGAUGGAGAGCGUGGGCAGUACACGCACAAGAUCUACCACUUACAGAGCAAAGUGCCAACAUUUGUGAGAAUGCUGGCCCCUGAAGGAGCUCUGAAUAUACAUGAAAAAGCAUGGAAUGCCUAUCCCUACUGCAGAACUGUUAUUACAAAUGAGUAUAUGAAGGAUGACUUCCUGAUCAAAAUUGAAACCUGGCACAAAUCAGAUCUUGGAACACAAGAGAAUGUCCAUAAACUGGAGCCAGAGGUAUGGAAGAGUGUAGAAGCCAUUUAUAUAGACAUUGCUGAUCGGAGCCAAGUACUCCCCAAGGAUUACAAAGCAGAAGAAGAUCCAGCAAGGUUUAAAUCUGUCAAGACUGGACGUGGACCUCUGGGCCCCAACUGGAAGAAGGACCUGGGGAAGCAGUCAGACUGUCCAUACAUGUGUGCUUACAAGCUGGUAACAGUCAAGUUCAAGUGGUGGGGUCUGCAAAACAAAGUGGAGAACUUUAUACAGAAGCAAGAAAAGCGGCUCUUCACAAACUUCCACCGGCAGCUCUUCUGCUGGCUUGAUAAGUGGGUUGAUCUGACUAUGGAGGACAUCCGUAGGAUGGAGGAGGAGACCAAGAGACAGCUGGAUGAGAUGAGAGAAAAAGAUCCAGUGAAAGGAAUGUCGGCUGCAGAUGACUAAUAUGACUCCUUCCUUGUGCACUUUUGCAAGACAGUCGUCAGGAAGGCCCAGGGAAUCCACACCCUUGACUGACGGACCAUCUCUGGAUCAAGCCUUUCUCUGUCCGACCGGCAGGCGAUUUUAAACCUCCCAUAGCUAAUUCUAGAUGCCCCUUAAUAUUGUGAGCAAAUAGACAGUCUGGUACUAAGCACUCCAAUGUUAGCACGUGCAUCCCGAGGAGUUUCCCCCUGGGGGCCGUGUGACUUAGAGACCGCUGUAUUUACGACUCCUCCCUCCUCUUUUUUUCAUUGUGUUCAGACCAAUUUCCAUGUGGCCCUGUUUGAUUUCCAAGUGACAUUUUUAGCUCAAAUAGUCUUGUGAUGUGGUGACUUAGAAUUUUUUUUGUUUUGGUUUUGGUUUUUUUUUGUUUUGGUUUUUUUUUUCCAAGUGGGAUAAACUGCCACCUUUGUUUCUGCCCAGCCCUUCACUGUUCUUUGAAUGUCUGUUUGGAGAGGGAAAUUGUCCAUAUUUAAAAGUGCAAAACUCUUCCAUGAAAUGUUCUCCUCUCACCCUUGCUCUCAGAGGGAGAUAUUUAAUGGCAGGUAACCUGAGUACAAAAUGAGGAGCAGCCAGAGAGUUCUUGGUUUGUGAUGAGUUGUGAUUUGUAGCUUCUGCAGGGCAUUACUUUGUUCUGUCUUAACAAACAUGAAUUAAAGACUGCCCAGAAGCUGCAGUCAGGCCCUAUACUGGGGCCUUCAGCACUUACCUGUUGAAUUUCCAUUUUAGGGGUCUCUCUGGCCCACGUAGCUCUGUUGUCCUCCAGCUGUGUGUGUCACUCUUACAAAAUCUUUCUCGACAUAUGUUGCAACUUCCUGGUUCUUUAUUUAUUAAGCCUUCCCAUAACUUACAAAGCUGGAAUGGUUUUGAGUAAUAAUAACAAUGUGACUGUCCCUGGACAAAUUGGGAUGUUGCAAAGGCUGGUGUGCAAGUGAGGUCUUGGCAUCUGGUUACAUCCAGGUGCCUGGGGCGGUGGUUCUGCUCAGCAAUAAUAUUCUUCCCAUUGCAAGACUGAUUAAAGUAUCUCCUUUUGUGCUGUAAGAAAAGCAACUUAUAAAGACCUGCAGUUUUCUAGGGUAUCUGUUGGUUAUUAUAAAUCAUAGAGGAUACUGUUAAUGUAAAGAGCUCUUGUUAUUUAAUGAACUCAAAUACUCACUGUAACUAUCCUUAUGUUGAUAUCAGCUUUAGACAAUCAACUCAGCAGAACAGAAUCAAGGAAAUUCUGCUUUCUUCAAUACAUAUGAGAAAAAAAGUCCUACUUCUUUGCUUAUCCCUGAGGCCCAAUGUUUGAUGUUUUUUCCUCCCCUAGUAGUAAUAACUUUAUUUUCCACUUCUGUGUUUGGCAGCACUGACGUGAAAUCUUGUAUGCCAAGCAGUCGUGGGUGUAUCACCACUUUUGAGGAGUCUUUUUAGCAUUCUGUGAUACACUGACUCCUCCAGCCCUUCCCACUCCUGCAAGCAGGAGAUCCUGAGAUGAUCCCGUGCCCUGCUGAACGAGGCUGUGCUGGGAUCAGAGCUGUUUCCAGUGUGAGGGAAGGUGGGAAUGCUCUGGAGGGAGAGGAUGGCGUUUGGUUUCUGGGGAGGGGGCAGUUUAUCCCUUUGUUUUUAGUUUGUUAUUUUGCCUUACUCAUGUCUAAGUGCAAUAAGCUCUGAAUUGUACCAGUAACUCUGGCAGGCUCUUCUCAGUGACCUCAGACGGUUCUGUGGGGUUGGGGUGGGGUUGGAGGGGUUUUAGCGAUCUCACCAGGCAGAAGUAAAACAAGUUUAUUGUAAAAUAGGUAAAGAAACUAAAUUUUAAUCUUUGAGGCUAUUUGGGACCAGGAUGUUUCAUGACAUGUUGUAUAGCUGUUCCAGAAGUAUUCUAGGAGUGCAGGCCCCAGUUAAGAGUUCUUUCAGUUUGAAGUAUUUUUAACAGAGAAUUUAUGCACUGACUUCUGUUCGUGUUUGUUGGUUACGUUUUGAGGGAUUCUUACACUUGAGGGCAACCUGAGAAUACACAUAGCACACUUGUUCUUUCACUUUGUGUUAUCCAAGAGGCUUUCCAUCUGAUGGCACUAAUCGCCGUGGAAGCAGAUUGUAACAUUCCACCAUUGCAAUCCUUUUUUGAUCCUCUGAUUUCAGAGUAAGAGCUUUUACACAAAGCUUUCCUGAUUAGUGGAAAAACUUGGAGGGAGGGAGGGGGAAACUGCAGGAACUGCAGCCUGAAUACUCCCCCUCUGCUCCCUGCCCUUUGUUUUCUGCCCUUCCAAUUUGAUCCUAAGCGAAAGCAUCCCUCAGCCUUUGGAUAGACAAAUCCUGUAAAGACCCUUCAGUCUCGACGCUUGGUUCCCGCUAGUGAGCAUAGCAAAGAUCACGCAGCGUUCCCGUGCCGUAUCUCCCAUCAGCUUUGGCCAGAACCCCGGGACCUGCGGGCUCCCGGCGGGGUGGGCUCCAUCCGGAGGGGCUGCGGGCGCUGGGAUCUGUUCCCAUCCGCGCCGGGUGGGUUCGGGCUCCGGGGCAGCCCCCUCGCCCCAGCCCGCCUCAGGCUGGGUCGCUGACGGGGCCGCUCGCCCCUCAUAUCCCGCAGCCCUCCGGGUCCCUCCCGCCGGGCCUCCCGCCACGUCCCGCCGGGUUCUCCGUGCUCUUUCCUUUGGCGACACACACUUUGUAGAAUGGGUUAGAUUAUCUCGUCGUUUCUUUAAAUGUGAGUUUGUGCCUUUUUUGUCUCCUAAAUCUUCCAAUACAGGCAUAUUGGAAACGAAAUCUAAUAAAAUACUAGACAGAG